CAACAAAUAAACUCAUCACAUUCUAAUUCCGAUAUGUUUGUCGAGCUACAUCUACACACAGUGAAUUGGAGUUUAUUUGUUACGCUCUAGUGAUUUUUCACAAUUCACGCAGAGCUUUACACAAUAAAACCAACGCAUUAAUAUCCUGUGUCAAAUUAUACAUAGGUACACACUUCUAUGCCUACAUUUAUUUACAGCAAAAUAUAUUGUAACCUAUGGCCAGUAUGUGUCCAUGCACGAACACUAUUAGUUACAACACCAAUGUACGAACACGAUGCAGAUUAAUAAUACACUGUCUACACAGUAUACCAACAAGCAACAUACCUACUAUAAUACAAAUAUCUGACAAAUCAAAGUUAAUUUAGCAGAGUUAAACAAUUUAUAUUCAUUAGUCUUUAGUUAAAAGUUUCAACCACAAUUUCAAUAGACUUUUUAUUGUAAAAGAUGUUUAAAAAAACAUGCUGACUUCGCAAGUUAAUUUGUCAACUACAAAAAACGGCGCACAGGAUAGAACAAUUUUUAAACAAACAUUUAAAUUCGCUAGAACUAUUUACAAGCAAAAAAUUACACCGGACGGAUUUUUGAUACGAGACUGCGGUUGUGUCAUGAGAUUCUUACCAAGUCCGGAUUAUAAUUUAAAUAAGACUAAAUCGCAUUCAACAAACGUCAAAAUCUUGAAGAAUAUCAGAAAUCCUGGUAAAAGUAAAGAACAAACUAGAAUUUUGGACAGAAAAGACAUGAAAAAACCACAUAGUAUCCAGCAGGCAUCAUCAUUUCAAUCGACUUUUUGGAUGGAACCUAGAGCAGUUCCAGUAAAAUAUACAUCCACUGUAAAUAUAUGUCUUGAUUCACCAAUAAAACGUUUUAUGGAGAGAAUUGAUUUACAGAUGAAGUUAGUACCUUGUCAAUAUGUGGAACAAGUUGGAUCCAUAGCACGUUUUAAGACCUCAAUCGAAACACAAAUCAAUUCUGAAUGCACAAUCCAAUUAGAUUCUAACUAAAGGAGAAAAAUAUACAUAAUUAACAUAUAUUUUUAUUUAUUAACAUUAAUAAACAUGAACAAUAAUUAGUGUUUUAUUUGGAACUUAUGUU